CUGCUAUCGUGGAGCAUCAUUUAAGAGUGCUGAGAUCUCAUACGUUUCAGUUUUAUAUCGCGCAUGGAAAAUAUUAUGCAAAAUAUCUGCCUCGUAGAAUUGGUGGGAUGCACAAUGAAUAUGUGUUUGCUUGCAUAUUAUUCUAUUACGAAUUGGAGUGAUUUUGAUGCAGCAAAAAUAAUGUCAUAUAUUGUUGUAUAUGUAUCUAUGGCUUUUAAUAUUUUUAUAUUUUGUUACAUUGGUGAAAUUCUCACGGAACAGUGCAAAAAUGUUGGCGAAAAGGCCUAUAUGACUAAUUGGUAUGAUUUACCGCACAAAACUGCCCUUGGUCUCGUUUUGAUAAUAGCGCGAUCGAGUAAUGUUAUCAAGAUAACUGCUGGAAAAUUAUUUCAAUUGUCUAUUGCGACUUUUGGUGAUGUCAUUAAGACUUCUGUGGUAUAUUUAAAUAUUUUAAGAACGAUGACUCCCACGUAA